AGGCAGCGGUGACCCCUGCAGACAUGAAAGUCAUGGCUACUGGGAGUUCAGCAGACGCCUGCUCAUUUAGCCGGACGAGGGGGCCGGAGAUGCGCAUCUGAGGGUCGCGCAAUGAGCCCACCUCGCCAGCGACUCUCCGGCGAUCUGUUGCUCUCUUGUGCCCAGGAUGCCGGCUCUCCGGUGGAGACACUUCGGGGCUGACCGCACAGAGACGCAUCACGGCGUCUCCUGCGCCUCGUCGACUUUGGAUUUAUCACAGCCGAGCUGGAUCUGAAGGUGGUCGCACUCCCGGAACAGCAGACGGCUUGCAUGGCUUCGGAAAAGUGAAACUCCACCGAGCCGAGCAGCAGCCUCUCAUCUCGCCGUCCUCAGAGAACACGGGAGCAGAAGCAGACAUGGUGGAACUGGAGAAGGAGGUCCUGCCUCUACCCCCCCGGUACCGGUUCCGAGACCUCCUCCUGGGUGACUGGCAGACCGAUGACAGGGUACAGGUGGAGUUCUAUGUGAAUGAAAACACAUUCAAGGAGCGUCUGAAGCUGUUCUUCAUCAAAAACCAAAGAUCAAGUCUGCGUGUGCGGCUCUUCGACUUCUCCCUGAAGGUUCUGAGCUGCCUGCUUUACAUUGUCAGGGUGCUAUUGGAUGACCCCCAGGAGGGCAGUGGAGGCUGCUGGACCUGCCCAAAGCAGAACUCCUCGACACACCAAAACAGCCAGUUCAACUGGUCUCUCAUUAUCUGGGUGAACAGACCCCUGCCUUUGUGGGCUUUACAGGUUUUAGUGGCUCUUAUCAGCUUGUCGGAGACAAUGCUGCUGGUGUAUCUCAGCUACAAGGGUAACGUCUGGGAGCAGGUGCUACGGAUUCCUUUCAUCUUGGAAAUGAUCAGCGCCGUCCCGUUCCUGAUCACAGUGGGUGUGCCGUCCCUCAGGAACCUCUUCAUUCCUGUCUUUCUGAACUGCUGGCUGGCAAAGCACGCCCUGGAGAACAUGAUCAACGACCUUCACCGGGCCAUUCAGAGAACACACUCGGCCAUGUUCAACCAGGUCCUGAUCCUCAUCUGCACCCUCGUCUGUCUUAUGUUUACAUGCAUCUGUGGGAUUCAGCACCUGGAAAGAGCGGGCAACAACCUGACUCUGUUUGACUCCUUGUACUUCUGCAUCGUCACCUUCUCCACGGUGGGCUUUGGAGAUGUCACCCCAAAGAUCUGGCCUUCCCAGCUCCUGGUGGUCAUCAUGAUCUGCGUGGCUCUCAUAGUUCUGCCCAUCCAGUUUGAGCAGCUUGCCUUCUUAUGGAUGGAAAGGCAGAAAUCCGGAGGGAAUUACAGCCGCUACCGAGCCCAGACGGAGAAGCACGUGGUCCUGUGUGUCAGCUGCCUCAAGAUCGACCUGCUCAUGGACUUCCUCAACGAGUUCUACGCACACCCAAGGCUGCAGGAUUACUACGUGGUGAUCUUGUGUCCCACAGAGAUGGACGUCCAGGUUCGUAGAGUGCUGCAGAUUCCUCUGUGGUCUCAAAGAGUCAUCUACCUUCAAGGCUCAGCACUCAAGGAUCAAGACCUCAUGCGAGCCAAGAUGGAUGACGCGGAGGCCUGCUUCAUCCUCAGUAACCGCUUUGAGGUGGACCGCAUUGCAGCAGAUCAUCAGACCAUCCUGAGGGCCUGGGCCGUGAAGGACUUUGCUCCCAACUGUCCCCUCUAUGUCCAAAUCCUGAAGCCAGAAAACAAGUUCCAUGUCAAGUUUGCAGAUCACGUGGUGUGUGAGGAGGAAUUCAAGUAUGCCAUGCUGGCUCUGAACUGUGUGUGCCCGGCCACCUCUACCCUCAUCACACUGCUGAUUCACACCUCGAGAGGACAAGAGGCGGGCCCCGGAUCAGCGGAGCUCUGGCAGCGCAUGUACAGCCGCUGCUCGGCCAACGAGGUUCACCACAUUCGCCUGGAGGAGAGCAAGUUCCUCGGAGAGUACCAGGGAAAGAGCUUCACCUACGCCUCGUUCCACGCUCACAAGAAGUACGGGGUGUGUCUCAUCGGAGUGAGGCGGGUGGACAACGCUAACAUCCUUUUGAACCCUGGGCCAUGCCACAUCAUGAGUGGCUCAGAUACCUGCUUCUACAUCAACAUCUCCAAAGAGGAGAACUCAGCGUUCAUUUUCAAACAGCAGGAGGCGCUGCGAGGGAGUCAUGGGCCUCCCCAGACGAUCUAUCACGGCCUGACCCGCCUUCCUGUUCACAGUAUUAUCGCCAGCAUGGGGACGGUGGCAAUUGACUUACAUGAUUCAAGCAGUGGUGGAGGAGGUGGCAGCCCAGACAGCGGCGGAGGGGGAGAAGGUGGCAACACCCUGACGUUGCCCAUCAGCGACCCUGGCAAAGAGCGGCGGCACAGCAUAGCACCCGUGCUAGAGCUCAUGGACAGUGUGCCAACGCCUUCCUUUGACCUGCUAAGUGAUCAGUCUGAGGAUGAAGCGGGCCCCGAGGAUGAUGACCAGCAGGACGGUGCUGCCACUAAUGAGUGGGUGAAGGGCUACCCCAUGAACUCGCCUUACAUCGGGAGCUCGCCAACAUUAUGCCAUCUGCUUCAAGAGAAGGUGCCAUUCUGCUGCCUUCGGCUGGACAAGGCCUGCCAUCACAGCCCGUAUGAAGACGCCCGUGCCUACGGCUUUAAGAACAAGCUGAUCAUCGUCUCAGCAGAGAGCGCCGGCAAUGGCCUCUAUAACUUUAUUGUGCCUCUCAGGGCUUAUUACCGGCCCAAAAAGGAGCUGAACCCCAUUGUUCUGCUGCUUGAGAACCCGCCUGAAGCCCAUUUUCUAGAUGCCAUUUGCUGGUUUCCAAUGGUGUACUACACAGUGGGCUCCAUUGACAAUUUGGAUAGCCUCCUACGCUGCGGUGUCACCUUUGCAGCCACCAUGGUAGUGGUGGACGAGGAGAGCUCUAUGAUAGCCGAAGAGGACUACAUGGCUGACGCCAAGACCAUAGUCAACGUACAGACACUCUUUAGGCUGUUCCCGAGUCUCAGCAUCAUCACUGAGCUCACCCAUCCGGCCAACAUGCGCUUCAUGCAGUUCAAAGCCAAGGACCACUACUCCCUAGCGCUCUCAAAACUCGAGAAGAAAGAGCGAGAGAAAGGGUCCAACUUGGUCUUCAUGUUUCGCCUCCCGUUUGCUGCAGGGAAAGUGUUCAGCGUCAGCAUGCUGGAUACGCUGCUCUAUCAGUCCUUUGUGAAAGACUACAUGAUCUCCAUUACACGAUUGCUCCUGGGUCUGGACUCCAUGCCUGGUUCUGGAUUUCUGUGUGCAAUGAAAAUCACAGAAGAGGACCUUUGGAUCCGCACUUAUGGACGGCUUUAUCAGAAGCUGUGCUCCUCCACAGGUGACAUUCCCAUUGGGGUCUACCGCACCGAGUCGCACAUGCUGGCCUUCUCAGAGUCUCAGGUCUCCAUCAGCGUAGAAGACUGUGAGGACACCAGAGAGCCCCGCGAGCCCAUCCUCUGCCGAGCCAACCAUCGCAACUCCACCUCCAGCGACCAGUCGGACCAUCCGCUGCUGCGGCGUAAGAGCAUGCAGUGGGCCCGACGCCUGAGCCGCAAGGGAGGACGCAACGUGAACAAGACCACCGCCGCCGAGCGCAUCAGCCAGCAGCGAAUGUCCCUGUUCCGACGAUCCGAGAGACAGGAGCUCAACGCCCUGGUCAAGAACCGUAUGAAGCACCUAGGCCUUUCUCCAUCUGGAUACAGUGAAAUGACAGACCAAGGCAACACGUUGUCCUACAUUCUCAUCAACCCGUCUCCAGAGACGAGGCUGGAGCUGAAUGAUGUCGUGUACCUAAUUCGGCCAGACCCCCUGUCUAUGGUCUCCAGUGAUGCAGACAGCCGGAAGGGCAGCGUGGGCAGGUGUGACGGGCAGAAGUUUGACACUAGAGACAGCACCCACCUGUGACACACAAAGCCGUGGAAGAGGCGUGCGUGUGGAGCCACGCCCAUGAGGGUCAAGAAGAGGCGGGGACUCCACUGGAGGGCGGACCACACCCCUCUAAUCAGUGGCCUAAAGGCCUGGGACUGUGAACUGGGCUCAGCUCGCCUGGCCCCUCCCGUCCACUGGGGGCAGCAGACUACUGAAGGUCUCGGGCUGCCGACUGGCACUCUGGAAUGGACUUUUCUUAUCCUCGCAUCAGGGAUGGGGGUGCGUGCCUGCCAUCUUGCAUGUCCAUUAGCUGCCAGCUGCUGGGUCACUGAACGGCUUGCCCACAAUGUUAUUUCCCUCGAGCCCGUGAGGCCAGUUUGUUUGUUUUAACGUGCUUCAUGGAUCAUCACACACCUGACGUCCAGUCGUGCACCCGUGUCACUUUGUAAGGCGCCCACAUCCCUGGCCAGACUGGUUGCGUUUUCAUUUGCACCUUCUCACGUGCUGCCUCGGGUUUCUAUCUUCAAGGUCCCCCAUCCUCAAACUCGCCAACCGUGAAGCCACUUCGGAGAACGUUCUAGAGUUGAACUGUCAUGUAAACUCGUGACACUUCGACCCAAGACAAUCUCUGAUACAGCUGGGCAGCUCGAGCGUGAGGUGCAGCCAGUGGCCCAGCGUGCCUUGGUGUGGCAUCAUCACAUUCCUUGUAGCUUCCUCAGAAUUAUUGAUAAGUCUGAAUACAACUGAUCAAUCAAUCAGUGCUGUUCAAGUUCAGACCCAGGACAUGGCUGUAGCGUUUAUAGCGCUCUGCCCACCUGCCCCGCGCCUUUCUCAUUACUCAGUAUGAAAGGAGAUUUCCCUCCACUGUCCAGUCAUCUGAUGAAGCCCCAUUAUGUCAACUUAUGGCCCACCGCACAGGCGGGCACUCUCUGGCUUAUCCAUUUACUGCCCGUGGUCAGCAGCACUGAAUCAGUUCCUUAAAGCUCUGACAACAUAAACCACAUGGGGCAGUGUGCUCACUGGUCUGCCAAGCUGUGGUCUGUGCCCAGCAUGCACCAGUGUGAUGGCAUCACAUUCUGUAGAACCCACCCUUUAAAUAAAGUGCCAAGCCCAGUCAUAACCCCUGAUGCCCUUUCGCAGCAUGCUAAGUGGUCCGUGUCCCAUCAUGCACCACUGUGAUGUCAUGACAUUCCACAGGACUAAUCCAAUCAAAGUCCCCCAUCACAGCAUCUCACAAGGGCUGGGCCAGUCUGUCCUUAACCUGCUUAGGCGAGGUCCGUCCCCAGCAGCCACCAGUGUGACGCCAUUACAGUCCAUAAUACAAAGUCGUGGUACUGGUGGACCACAAUUAACUGAUAUUAUGGGGUCCUGACGCUGUCCCUCAUGUUACAUAUUGCCUAUGAAAUAUACUGGUGGUGUCCUUGCCAUCCAGAACAAUUGUCCGGCGCGUGUGAGUCAGGCUUUAAAAAGUAAAUACAAUCACAAAGUCUUAAUGGGGAUCAGCGGGCUUUCCCAGUGUGUGCCAGUGGGCACCUGUCUUCACUUUCCUCACGAUGACCACAGAUGCACUUUCCUAAGCUGGCUGCUUAUUCUAACCUGUCAUAUGUGCCCCACAGUGAUGGGCAGGCAUGUGCCCCCUUUGGGGCUGAAGCCCACUUCUUUUAGUACCAUCCAGUUUGUCUGCCCACCUCCAGUAGUUUCAUUGCACUUUAUCCCCUGGUGUUCAGUGGAGGUGUGCCCAGCGUGACCACUACCUGGCCACAUGGGUGCCAUUCAGCCUGAGGCAGAGGGGCACAGCCACAGAGGAAGACCACCCCGCCCAGGUGUUUGCUUUUACCUUUCCUCUUUGUCUCCUGUUUGGCUUCUUGAUCAAUCAGAGCUGUGCCACGUCGUCUCCCUGGGUACACAGCUGGCCAGCAGUGGGGGGGCUGUGCAGGUCGAUGGCAGAAAACUGUCACGUAACCAAAGAUAAAAGGGAAUGGAACGAGUGGGCGGGGCCACAAGACGGUGCCACUCAUCCUGACCCCGCCCACCCAACGCAAUGUGGCCAAUAGGAAGCUAAGAACUGACAUUUGAGGCAACUCAAGUUGAGGAAUAAAAAAACGAAACAAGCGAGUCCGCCAUCAGGUGACUCAAGAAUGGACUUCAUGUGACCACCGGAGGGCCGCCGCCCACUUCACCCCCACCUUCUGGACUGAAGCCCACCGAGCCGCGACUCCAAAUCCAAGUCUAUGAAUGUAAAAGUCUGAGAAACUAUCAUGUAAAUAAAAUGAGUCAACUAGAAGAAAAGAAGCUUUAUGUCCGAGUGUGGAAGCACAAUGUAUGGAAUGACACUGUGAAUGCUGCAUACUGUAAAUUUAAACCGUGGACUGACACAAAGAUAUUUGGAAAUAA